UCCCACGCAUUUGAGCGUCAGCUUCUCUCGCUCUGUUUCACACACACACACAGAGACAGUGUGUCAGGAGGAUGAACGAAGAGGGCAGCGGCAACAGGUUGAUGAUGGAGGGCUCUUUCGACGACGCCAUCACUCGAAUCAGAUUUGCCCCUCAUUGCAACAACCUCCUCGCCUCUUCCUGGGAUUCCACUCUUCGCUUGUACGACGGGGAAACCUCAUCGUUGAGGCUUACUACUCCAUCAGAAUCGCCCCUUCUCGACUGUUGUUUCGAGGACGACGCCCUGGCCCUCACUGUCGGCGCCGAUUUCUGCGUCCGGAGAUAUGAUCUAGGCUCAGGGAGCAGUAGCAUACUAGGGAAGCAUGAUGACUUAGCGAGCUGUGUUGAAUAUUCAAAGGAAACUAAUCAGGUAAUUAGUGCUGGUUUUGACAAACAAGUUAUGUUUUGGGAUACUCGUGAGACGAACAGCAAUCCUAUCUGCGCACAAACGGUAAAGGCAGAGGUCGAUUCAAUGUCUCUUUCUGGAGUUCAUUUGCUCGUGGCCACGGCUGCAACUAUUGGUAUGUACGACUUACGGGCUUUGAGUGGGCCAGUCCAGUCUAGCGAGUCCACCACUAAGUAUCAUGUGAGAUGCAUUCGUUCUGCCCCUCACGGUCGAGGAUAUGCUGUUGGAACAGUAGGAGGGAGCGUAACACUGUGCUUCUUUGAUGACCAAUCUAACAAAGUGCAAGCCAAUAAUAGAUACACAUUUUGGUGUUCUCCAAAGUCAAGAAAUGGAAGGCAUCACGUAGUUCCUGUGAAUGACAUUGUAUUUCAUCCAAAGGACAAUACAUUCAUCACAGCAGACUUUGAAGGGCAUAUCAUUAUUUGGGAUGGCCAGAGUAAGAGGAGAUUGUUCGAGUUCCCAAAGUGUCCUCUAAGUAUUGCAUCAAUAUCUUACAACCAUGAAGCUCAAUUAUUUGCUGUAGCUUCAAGCUAUACAUAUCAAGGAAACCAUCACUUGGGACUACCUCAAAUAUUCCUUUACAAAAUGGACGAGUUUGUUGCUGGAAAGCACAAGGCGUCCGCCUGCGUCGCCUUCCUUCCUUCCUUCCCUCCCCCGCCUCUGUUCUCGGACUCUGCUGCCGCUGCUGCUGCUUUUUGUUCAGCUUCUCGUCUUCUUCUUCUUUCUCUGAGGCAGCCAGUGACCAUGUCGGACGAGGAGCACCACUUCGAGUCGAAGGCUGACGCCGGCGCAUCGAAGACUUACCCUCAGCAGGCCGGCACCAUCCGUAAGAAUGCAUACGUCGUCAUUAAGAACCGUCCUUGCAAGGUGGUGGAAGUUUCGACCUCCAAGACUGGCAAGCAUGGUCAUGCCAAGUGUCACUACGUGGGGAUCGACAUUUUCACUGGGAAGAAAUAUGAAGAUGUUGUCCCCUCUUCUCACAACUGUGAUGUUCCCAAUGUUACUCGAACUGAUUACCAGUUAAUUGACAUUUCUGAAGAUGGCUUUGUGAGUCUUCUGACCGAAUCUGGGGGCACCAAGGAUGAUCUUAGGCUCCCAACCGACGAUUCUCUGCUUCAACAGAUUAAGGAUGGUUUUGGCGAAGGGAAGGAUCUGGUCGUGACUGUGAUGUCUGCCAUGGGGGAGGAACAAAUCUGUGCCCUGAAGGACAUUGGCCCAAAGUAGGUAAAAUUCGGUUCGCCAUGGUUUUGGAGUUUGUGAACUUCUCGGGGAUUUUGUAAAGCCUUCUGCGAGAGGCCAUGUAUGUGACACAGAAAGAGUGAACAUAAGUAAGCUUCUGUGGGUUUAAAUCAUCCAGGUGUGAGACUCAAGAAAAAGAUAAUGUAAGUAGCUGUUGUUGGGUCACAUUGCAUGAUGGUAUUUUCCAGAAUGAAUGUAAGGGCUUGCUUUGUUGA